GAAACCCAGAGGCAGACAGGUUUUUGCUGGUUACAGAAAAACAACGUCCUAACGAGUCGCUACAGGGAAGAGUUAGAAGAGCAACAUGGAGUUUAUUACAGACAUCACUGUCACUGUUGAUGAAGCUAAUUAUGAAGACCCUGAAAGAUUAAGGAAGAUUCUUCAGUCUUACAGUUUGGAGAAAAAAGGUUCUAACUAUCAAGUUAGGGGAACAUUUGAGGAGUUGGAGAAAUGUGUAAACAAACUACCUAUGGCGAAGCCUAAUUUUAGUAGUGUCACACACAAACAAACCUGUAUGCAAGAUGAAUAUGCUCCCACCCAUGUCAAAGUAGUUGAUGUAUCUGUAGUUGUUAUCGACUACAUUCAGCAAAAAUGUAGAGAAAAACUUAACAAAAUACAAGGGGACAGUUUUCUCAUUGUGACACAGCCUGACCUUGGAGCAGUGGACAGUAAAGCCAGGUGCGCAGUACAGCUGGACUUCAAACCACAGCAUGACUUGGUAUACCUUCAUGACAGGCGUCAUUCUGAUUUUGUGAGACAGCGAUUCAUCUCAUUCUACCAGAGAACUGCCUCCGACUUACAGGUGACGUCAGUCCAUGUCAGUCCACAUUACUGUUCGGACCUGGAGAGAAAGUUUCCACUUCUUCUUUUUAAACCAUGCUCCAUAAAAAAUGAAGUCACUGUCAUGGGACAUUUUACACAAAUAGCCAAACUGAAAACCUUUCUCUCACAAACUACUCAGAGGUCAAGCAAGACUCCUGUCAACAAAAUUCCAGCACACAUUCCAGGCACAGUUUCCUCAGUUCCUUCAGGUGGACACAUGAACGAUUCUGAGGAUGAAUCAUGUCCAAUCUGUAUGGAACCAAUAAUAGCAAAAGCGAAAAAGAUACUACAGUGCAAACACUCAUUCUGCAGAGACUGCCUGGAAAGAGCUUUUGACUACAAGCCUGUAUGCCCAACCUGUGGAGCAUUAUAUGGCAUUUUGGUGGGGACACAGCCAGAGGGAGGCACAAUGAAUGUCACGAAGAGUUCUUCAUCUUUGCCUGGAUAUGAGAAGUAUGGAACAAUAAUCAUCCAAUAUUACAUUCCAAAUGGUAUUCAAACGGAAGAACAUCCAAACCCUGGUCAGUCAUAUGAAGGCACAGCUCGGACAGCCUAUCUCCCAGACUCCUCGGAAGGCAGAAUGAUCUUAACACUGCUCAAGCGCGCAUUUGCUCAAAGACUCAUCUUUACUAUUGGUCAAUCCAGCACCAGUGGGCGGAAAAACACGGUCACAUGGAAUGAUAUUCACCACAAAACAUCAACACAUGGAGGACCAACUCAGUAUGGAUACCCAGAUCCUGAUUAUCUCCGUCGAGUCCGAGAUGAACUAAAAGUCAAGGGAAUUGAAUGAGUAAUUUUUGACUUCAUAACAGGAUAUUAUUCUUCCACUUACAUAUGUAUGGAUGUAUUUGUUUGCAUCUGCUGGUCUCUUUUUGUCUCCUCCCUUCUCUUUUGUCUCACCUAACUCUAACUUCUGAUCAAAAAAAAAAGAAAAUUAAACAAAUGACCAAAAUGCGUAAGUGUGCUCAACCCUGAACUCAUACUUUGUUGAAGCACCCUUUGAUUUGUCAUGCUGACAGAUAUAAUGUGCCUUCCUUUUAAGUUUCUAGUGGCACACCUUGAUUGAGUAUUAUUGGUAGGUUACAUGUUGUAGUCGCCCUGUUACCUCUCUCAUAAUAUCUUCGUCUUAAGAAACGUAAAGCUUCUUCUGUUUUAUAACAAAAGUUAAUUUAAUCUUCCCCGGCUGUUUUCAGAAGUGACUAUUGAGUUAUCUAAUGCUUUUUACUUCUUUUUAUUGAAACAUUUUUUAUGUUAUCCAUUAAUUCUCAUCAUUGGUUAGGCAUGCCUUUAAGUUUUUUUAGUCACAUUUAGUUAGCACCUAAGGGAAGGAGAGUUGUAUGUGUUAAUAGAAGCAUGAUCACUUGUUAUGUUUUGAAUCUACAGUUCAAGACUUAAUGCAUACGCUGAUGAGACAAAUCUAUCCUUAAAUAACUACCAUGUGGAUUUGAGUUAAUUGUAUAUUCUUUCUCCUUGGGAUUAAAAAUUCUGUUAUCCAUCAGUAAGGCUCAGCCCUUUGCUAACAGUAUUCUAGAUUUUUUUGUGCUCCAUCCAUGGGCCGAUGGUAAUCUGUUUAAUGAAACAUGAAAUACACUCCCAUCAACUCCAUCCUGCUUUAACCAGUUCGAUCCUGUUGAGAUAGAAUGACCUCUUUUUCAAGGGAAGCCUUGGAAAACAGUUGCCUAGGAAAGUUGUGAUAAUUAGUAACAAAUAGCAACACGAAUAAAAUAAGGCUUUACAACCAGUUACAAAUCUCAAGGAACCAAAUCUCGUAGACAGUUUGCAGGGGCAUUCAUAUAUAAAAGGUUGCUGUACAAGUGCAGGGAGGAAGGUGGCCAAUUUCAGUCUUAAUUUCUUUCUUUUUUUCUUUUUUUUCUACAUGUUUCUACAUGUGGUUUAUAAAAACAUGAUCAUUCCUUACAAUGCCAAGGUACUUGUAACAGGUCAGAUGAAAUGCUGUGAGGAUAUCCAAGUACUUCCUGGCCAUUCAAAAAUAUCUUCAGUUUAGUUUUGGCAGCAUUUAAAACUAGUCUUAGUUCAAUGAGCUGACAUUCCACAAGGUUAAAUGCAAUUUGUAAUUUGCCAAGGGUAUCAACAAGAGUGGAGCAAUAGCAAUAUAUGACUGUGUCAUCAGCAUAGAAAGGAAUUUUGGUAUUUGGACAUCUCUACCCAAUGCAUUUACAUAAAUAAUAAACAGAAUAGGGCCCAAAACUGAGCCCUUGGCCACGCCAGUAGAAACAACCUUAGAAAUUCUUGAAUAAGCACACAUAUGUUUACAAGUGUUUUUGUUGUUUUUUGUUCUCAGUUUAUUUAGUUUAUAUUUUCAAAGUUCUAAUUAAGGCAUUAUGUAGGCUAAUUAACAGCACAUUGUAUGCAACAAUGUUGUACAAUAAAGAAUGUGUUGAGCAUUUCAAGCUUUAAA